AUGUUGAAGCAACCGAACCCGAAUCCGAAUCAAAAGACGAGGGUCAACAUUUUUAAACCCCAGACAUUUACCUCAGCCCCUACAGCCCCUACGUUUCCCCAUAAUGAAACCAAUCCCCAGCAAAACAGAGGGAACCGGGCCUUGCCUUUAACCCCAAAUUCUAGCACUUCUCCAGUUGAACCAAACCAUGAGGCAACUACCAAAUUUCAGGGAGAAGAACACUUGGAAGUCCAAGCACCACCGCCCGUCUCAACUCUCCCGGUCAAAGUAGUGGCUGCAAUUGGCGUCAUCUUGCUACUUUUGUCCUGCAGUCUUCUAGUCUAUAAGCUUAUUCAAGAUUGGAGAAGACAGGAACCAUCAUCAAGGGACAAAACAUCAAUGGAUAUGGAUCAAAAUGGAACUCAAGGAGCAAAAGGCAAAAUUUUGAGUCAACAAGGUGGCACCCAAGAUUCAAUAUCUAGGCCCAAGGUGAUACAUCUUGGGAGUCGUGUACUCAAAAGAGAUACUUAUAGAUCCCAAGAUAGCUUUGGCUAUAUUCCACAAAUCCCAAUCAACUUGGACACACCUGGAUUUCCUGGUACUAGACUUAGAAGGAGUUUUGUCCUAAAUUUCAAUCCAUACCACCAUUGGGAAAGAGCAAUGAAUCUCCAGCACAAAGAGAUGAAUUACUUUACUCAAGCUAUGGCCUCAAGUUCAACCAACAACCAAUUCUACAAUGAAAAAGCCCUUCCACCCAUCCAAACCAAAACAUUAGCAAGUCACCAAUGCAUCAGCAUGAAUGAAAAUCAAGUAAUUAGAGAUGACUUGCUUCUAAUACCACAAAACCAAGAAUUAGAAAUCAGAACCCAAAACUUGCACAAUGAACAACAGGCACUCAAUGAAGAUAUAUUUUUUCUUGAAAAUGUUGAGCAGAAGAUAAGUGAAGCUCUAUAG